AUGAAGUCAUCAACCAAUCCCGUCCAACCGAUGGUAAACCAAGAGUAUAAAUACCCGAGAGAACUCCUUGUUUCGAUAUCUCAUUUAUUAAUAUCGAAUCAAGGAUUAGAAUUUUUUUUAAAUCCAAUUCACCACACUUUUUGGCUUUGGAAAAGUUUGAGCGGUAGAGCCAGAGAUCAUGUUCAUGAUAAGUUCAACGAGAUGUAUUGGUGUACCAACAUGAAGUUGAGGAUGGAUCCAGGCAAUAUGGACACUUUAGGAGUAUUGGCAACUACAUGCCACUACUUUAUACUGUUGUUCAUCAACACGCAACUACUGUUAGAUCUAUUCUAUCCUAAUACUACUCAACUUAUUAAUUAA